CCUUUCCAGAGUUCAAUGUUAUUCCUCACAUGCACCUAACAGCAGGAAGCUGCCAUAUACACAGUUCCCAUUCACGUCACUGUAGAGUUAUGAUCUCCAAGAUAAAGGGCUGAUCCUUUUCUCCGAAAGAAAAAUAAUCUGCAGGCUGGAGAUUGGGACACAGACGAAAAGCAUGUUUUGGUGACUAAAAUAGCCGAGGAGGAAGAGCAACGUCUGGGAAAGAAAAAAAGGAGUAUUGGAGAGAUUCUGGAGAGACUGUUUCUCAGCCCUUUUUGCCAGAUUUUCAACAGACCACAACAAACUUGUGCAAUUUUCAUGGCAGUUGUCCAUGGGAACUCAUCCAAAGCACAUCGGAGCUGACCCUCCUGGGAGGUCCUGUUAGAUCGAGAAUAAUACUUCAUGAACACCAAAGUAAGAGCGCACUUUUUACGUCAAAUUUCAGCUGACUGCAGGACAACAUUUGGAAGGAUUAUUGCUGAAAGGGGAGCUAAAACCGGAAGCAGCAACUUGGAAAGCUAAGCUACUCCUUUCCUUGUCCAUUUUUGUGUUUUCUUGUUUUUCCAAACACAUUCACUUCCUGCCAGCAAGGACUAAAACUUUCAUCUUCCAUCUGGAACGACUGACUGGAACGAAACGCUCACAUAGCUCCCUGCCGAGGGCUUUUGUUUUUUGCUGCAGCAGAAGCAUUUCACCGUGGCGAUGGAGAUGGAGAAGGGACAUGCGUCUAUCAGGAGAGGAGUGAGCUGGAGUCCAGGAGGAUUGAGGAAACCUCUCCAGGCAACACAAAACAUGCACACUCCUGGGACAGAGUGCAAUGCAUCACGGGAGACAACAGGAUUCAACAAAGAACAGAUGAGCCGGAAAACAAAUCUGACCAGGAGCGCCAGUUUAUCAGACAAGGAGCUAAAGGAGGCUCGUGUCAGGAGUCAGAUCAUCGCUGCACAGCUCACCGUCCCUUCCAACUCCACCUCCAGAGGCGUGCAGCUCUUUAACCGGCGCAAGCAAAGGGUCAGCGCCUUCACACUCGAAAGCUGUGGAGAGGAGUCAGGGGAGAGCAGAGCUGAGAAUGUGAAAACAAACCCCUCAUUUAACAAACUAACAUGGGCAGAGAGGAGCACUGAGGAAAAGGAUAGAGACCUGAACUUUAAGAAUAGCAAGCCAGUCUUGUCACCACCUGGGAGAGUACAUUCAGUGGGUGGUAUCAUGGAGGAACCAGGUAAGGAUUUCUACAAGGAAGACGACAUGGAGGACAAUGUUAUCCAAGAGAGGCAUUUCCUCCCUGUCAAGGAAGAGCAGGAGGAAGAGGAUAAUGCAAGAGAUAAAAUCCAUGAGGAGGACAAAGUCAAGGAUGAAAUUCCCCCUGGAAGUCAUUAUACUAAUCCAGUUCUGAUGGGGCAUGCUGAAGGUGAAGCAGAGAUAAAUGGGGGCCACACAGGGCCACUUCCCACUGGAAAGCUUCAUAAUGGCUGCCACAGUACCUCUGGACCUGAGAGGGUGUCUGUUACCACAGCCAAGCAGACAAGCACCAUCAUCAAUCGAACUGCCAGGCCCUUUUUCUCGCCGCUGACGGUGCAGUCUCCAGAGGCAGUCAGCCCGGUCAUGGACAUUCCCCCUCCUCCUUCUUACAACACUCCUCCUCUCCCUGCUUUCACUGCUCCUCAACCUUUGGCGUUCUCACCUCCACCUCCGCCUCCGUCAUAUCCCACACCUCCUCUACCGGCCUUUACAAGCCAACCCCCGGAGGCCUACUACUCCAGUCCACCUCCUAUGUCUCCUGUCAUGUCUCCUUCCUCACCUCCACCAUCUCAGUUCCCUGUGUCUUCUGUAUCUCAGUACCCACCCAUGCCCCAUUAUGGCCCUCCCACAGCCCCAAAGCCCUCCACCUUCGUUCCUCAGCCUGCUGGAGAGAGGAAGCCGAUAGCACCGAUCAAAACGGGAAUACUUGAGGAGGGUGCUGCUAGAAGGGGAAGUAGGAAAGCAAUGUUCACAUUCAAAGAGAAGACAGUGGUGGCUCCGAACCCUGAGCUGCUCUCUCUGGUGCAGGGGGUGGAUGAAAGGAAGAAGCAAGGAUGUAGAUCUGUGCCUGAGCCAGCAUCCGAGGAGGAGUUGCUGGCGCUGGGUGCAGAGGCCUCCAACUUCCUCGCCAAAGAAGAGGACAGGGUAGAGGAGACAAAAGCUCCAGAGUGGGCUUCUUGCCUCAAGACCUCCAGGACUCGUCCGAGGGCAGAGCACAGGCCAGAGCAGACCCUCACCAAUGUAUCAGGAAAGGGGGCUGAGCUGUUUGCCAAGCGUCAGUCCAGGAUGGAAAAAUACGUUGUUGAGAAGCAAAAUGCAGCACAAAUUAGGUCUCCUUCUCCCACCAUGUCUCUGCCACCAUCUUGGGUGUUUCCGUCAAACAUGCCCGGCAGAGUCAAGGCCAUUGCUAAAAACUCUGACAUGAGUGCUCAGCUUUCACAAACCCUAAAGGCCCAACAAGCAGUCAAGCAAAAACCAAGGGGAAAAGCUCCAGCACCAGAGCCAAUUCCAGAGCCGCCUCCUUUAGAAAAUGGCUGCUCCAAGAUAGAGAUGGACCUGUCAAGGCACCAGCCCUACCAGCUUUCCUCUUCCCUCUUCAUCCUUAACCCAGUCAAGGACCCCAUCAGUGCCCUACCCAGAAGAGCACCACAGUCCAAGAGCCUGAUAUCUACCCAGUCUUUCUCUAGACAGUCUUCCUUACCUAAUAACACUCCUUCUCACUACAGUACCCAGUGCAUGUCUCCACAGCUGCCUCUCAGCCCCACAAGAGAAGCAGAAUAUCCACCAAAUCCAGCCUAUGGGCAGCCAAGGAUCAGCUCUCCUGCCUUUUCUCCAGAGCGAGUGUCCUCUCCUCGGUCAGGGGUCCAGGCGCCAAAGCCCACAUUUUCUGCCAAGAAGGCAGGGAUUGCCCCACAGACACCAAAGGAAUCCUCCCCAGUUGAAACCCCCAGCGAGACUCCCACGCCAACCAGGACGCCCAGACUCACCAGACGUUUCAGCAGCCCAGAGGGCCCCGCCACUGGGACCUGGACUCCCAGCCUCCAAACUAAUCGGCCCUCCACCACCAUCUCUAGCCGCUCAGUUACUUCCCCUAUAUCCUCUCCCAGGGGCGCAAGAUGCCAAUCCCCAAUGGUCAGUCAGAAUAUCCAAUUUUCCCCGGUUACCUCCACUGCAGCAUCCAGAUCCUCUCAAACAUCUGCAGCCACCUCUUCACGCUCUCUUCCUUGGGGUUCAAGAUGUCAGUCCCCAAUGGUGAGCCAGAAUACCCAUUCCUCCAGCAUCUCCUCCAUUCCUGGUUCCAAACCAUCACAAACGUUUACGACUACUUCCCCUCUUUCUCCUCCUUGGGGUUCAAGAUGCCAGUCCCCAAUGGUCAGCCAGCAUACCCAAUUUUCCACUGUCACCUCAAUGUCCAUGUCCAGACCCCCCCAAACAUCUACAGCCACAUCCCCCUCUCCUCCUUGGGGAUCAAGAUGCCAGUCCCCUAUUGUGAGCCCAAAUACCCAGUCUUCCAAAAUUCCCUUUGUUCCUACUUCCAGACCAACCCAAACAUCUACAGCCACAUCUCCUGUCUCUCCUCCUUGGGGCUCACGUUCCCAGUCUCCCGCACUCUCUCAGACCAGUUUAUCCUUCCCCGCCACUAAACCUCUGUACACAUCUUCUGCCACUUCUCCUGUUCCCCCACCCAAAGACAGUCGCUGCAUGUCCCCCAUUGUUAAUAACCCAGACUCUAGAGCCAACCAUCGCCUCCUGGCCAAGAACAUCAUCAAUGCAGCCAAACGUAAAAACAGCCCUUCCCCUGGAGCACUGAGCGGUCACAGCCUCCCCAUCUCCCCUCUGGGGAAUUCCCACCAUGGCUACGACUGUCACAAACCACCCAUCAGCCCUUUCCAGUCACGGGCAUUUGGGGCUCAGUCCCCUACCUUCACCAGCCCUCCUCCAACCCCAACACAGAGGAUCUGCUCCCCUGUGAGGCUCUACAACACUCGCUCCCUGACUGACUCUGAUGCCUCUGUUGAGUCUGAAGACUCAGGCCUCCGAUCGCCUGGCCUGCACUCCUACAACACCUGUCCCCGCGGCUGGGGCGGUAGCCUGAGGGUGAAGAGAACCACCGUCUCCACUGACCUGUGAGGGUGUUUCUGAAAGGCAUUCAAGCAUGACAUCAGUUUCAUAGACUUUUGGGGCAUUUGAUCAACCAGUAAAGGAGUUUGUGAUGGCAUUUCAUCAGACUAAUAGAAGAUACCCUUCUGUAACUUUGAAUACCGAUCCUGGACAAUGGUAAACAUUGUAUCAAGGUAGUAUUAGUAUUUUGUAUGACUCACAUUCAUAGCAUGGACUGACAAGAACAAGCUUUUUACAUAACGCAGUUGCUGUGGCUUGUACGCUUCUUACAUACCAUAAAGACUCAAAAUACAGUAACCAAAGAUAUUACACGUUCUACACCUUUACAACAUACAUACAUUGACAGCCACUGUUCCGGUUAAAUAGUGUUUAAGUAAAUCUGUUUUUAAUGUUAUUAAUGAAUCAUCAUUAUGUUUGCUGGUCUGACGCAAGUCCAAAUGGGAAGAGACUUAAAAAUGUUAAGGUAUAGAAGGGACAUAUGGAAUGAAUAAUGUAUAAAUAUAUAUAGCUCAUUGGACUAUACAGUAAUUUGGUUAAGGAAUAUUGAUGUAGAUUAUACUGGGUAAAAUGAGUUAUUUAACCCAUGACAAAAAAAACAGUGGUAGAUGGGGCACAUGCUAUUCACGUUAUUAUACAUGGUCACAGUAUUCACCACAGUUUGUUAUCCAUUUUAAUCAAUGGGAAAUCAAUCAUAUGCAUAAUUAUCGCAGUGCAAUAUUCAAUUUAACACAGCUUAUGUUAUGUAUGUUAUAUGUUGCUUUAUGUACUGCAUUUGCUAAAACGAAUGUAAUCUUUACAGACAGAUUGACAGAGAAUGAGAUGAAGAGAUGAAGAGUUGUGUGUGGAGGUUCGAUGGGGCAUUGACGCACCUGUUCAAACACUGUUUCCAUGAUUCAGGAGAAAGAAAGAUUCCAAGUUUUUUUUUGCUGAAGUUUAAAUAUUGAUGAACAAUUCAAAGAACAAAUAUUAGCCGUCAAUGUGCAAAUGAAAUGGCAUAUUGAUUGUAGUAUUCAUAUUGGUGGUUAAUGUUUGUAUGCCUAAAUUUAAGUGUUGUCGCUUUUGCUGACCACCUGUAAUGUCUUUCAUGAGGAACACAUUAACAUAUUUUGUGCCUGUACUUAUUGUACAAAUUGCCUAUUUGGAUGAGGUUUAGGAGCAAAUGCGUAUGUACUGUAAGAGAAGGUACAACAAAACGUUGUUGAAAAAAGGUUAGAUGAAUGUAUGUUGUGAAGUAUUAAUCUGUGUUUUUGAGAAAAGGAUAAGAGGAAUGGAUUGUAUUUUAAAUACAUAUCGCUAAUGUACAUUCUCUUUAACUUCUGAAGUUUCUUUUUAUAAUUGAUUUGCACUUCUGUUCAUUCCAUUUCAUUGGCUAAAUUGGCAUUGUUUAAAACUUGAUUUGUCAUUCAAAAUAAAACCAGCAAAUAAUGAUCCUACUGUUAACAAUGAGACCAUUCUUGCACAAUUCAAUACCUUGAUGGUGGCAAUUAGCUGUAAACCUUCAAACCACAUCUGGCUUUCUGUUUACACCAUUCUCAUUUUGCCCAGUCCUGUACCAGCACACACACAACAGGUUAUUCCUUCACUCCUUGACAUCCAUGCCAAAAGCAUCAGCACAUUUCUCAAUAUUUACUUCUGUGUGUCUUUUGAGUGACAGGGACACCUGCUACAUGGUGACCUGGCUCCUUCAACAGGAUUAAGUCUAUUACUGUCAUGGAUUGGUUUCAACCUGCGUCUCCUCUGGACAAACCAAACACAGCUGAAAUCCUCAAACACAGAACGUAAUCAUUGCAUUUUUUGAGUUUUGCAUGCAGGAUUUUUCUGGGGUGGGUUCUGUGAUUGCAUGCCGGCAUUUUAUUUUCAAAACAGCUAAUUUUUCUCUCAAUUCAUAACUGUAUGAUGUAUGAAAAUGAAUGCUAAAUAAAGAGUGAUGACACACCAAUUCAAAUAAUGUA